AUGAGUCCACCGAUCACGACGCAACCGGGCAUUCGGAUGCAACCGGGGGUGGACAUGCAAAAUACUGGUGUGAUGCCUACACCGACAGCCAUUCCCCACUGUCCACCCGGCUUGGAAAACCUGUAUGGUGCAGCUAGGCUGGUCAUGAACCUCGAAAUACCGCCGGAGUUUGUCAGUUCCACCGAGUUAGUGAACAAGUACAAGAUCUGGAACACACUCGGCAACGUAGUCUACUGCGCGGAGGAGAAAGCCAGUCGAUGUACUCGGUGUUGCCAGGGACCCACUCGCGCAUUCGACAUAAAGGUGACGGAUAGCUGCCAGAACAAUGUGCUGCACUUCCGACGCAAUUUCGUAUGUUGCCCAUGUUGCUGCUUCCCGUGCUGCCUGCAGAAGGUGGAGAUAUUAUUACCUUCCGGGACGGUGCUCGGCACCAUCGAGCAAAAGUGGACUCUAUGGCAUCCCGUGUUCGACAUUAAAGAUCAACACGGACAGACGGUGCUGGUCGUUCGAAACUGUACCCCAUUUGGCCGCUGUUCCGAAAGUGCGGAUGUCAUAUUUUAUGUUUUCUCCAUGGAUGGCACAGAGAUUGGUAAGUUGACCAAGAAGUUUGUCGGAGAGAAAUACUUCAGCAUCACCUUCCCCAUGGAUCUGGACGUCACGGUUAAGGCUACCUUGCUGGGAACAUUGUUUUUGCUGCAUUACAUGUUCUUCGAGAUGUACGAUAAAAAGCAAAGACCCCGCCCACUAUGUCUGUAA